AUGAAUUAUAUCACAGCAUUUGAUAUACGACUAAGUAAAGAUGUUUAUUAUAGUGGUGACAAUGUAUCAGGCAAUGUCAUUCUUGAAAAUUCACGAAAUAUUCAUAUCAAAGAUAUUCGUGUAAUUCUUCGUGGUAAAGCUCAUAUUAAGUUAAAUAAAACAGGUGAAAAACGAAAAUUCGAUGAAAAAGAUGAACCAAUACUACUUUCUGGCUUACAUCAUUUUCCAUUUCAAUUUCAAUUACCAAAUUGUUCAAUGCCAUGUUCAUUGGAAACAAAAUUUGGAACAAUACGUUAUUAUGUUAAAGUAAUCAUUAAUAUUCCACAUGGUAGUAUGCCACAAGGUAUCAAAUAUUUCACAAUUAUUGGACCAUCAACAGAUUGUAUGGAUGAAAAAUAUUGUUGUGCAUUGCUUGGACAAAAUAAAGAAGUAACAUGGCAUGGAUGCUGUAGACGUGGUGCUUUAGCAUUAAGAGUUAUUAUGGAUCGUACAGCAUAUUUAUGUGGUGAAAAUGUACGAAUUUUAGCGCAUGUUGAAAAUCGUCAAAAUGGAAUAGUUUGGAUUGUAAUGCGUUUAAUUCAGCAUGUUGAAUAUUUUAUGGGAAAAAAUGUUGGAGAAAACAAACAAAUUGAUUGUGUAGUUUUAGAAAACAAGACAUUACCUGUCGAACCGUAUACACAAGGUAAAUUUGACACAGCUCAAUUGCAAUCAUUUGUCAUACCUGUUGUGCCACCAACAUUGAUCGGUGUUUGUAGAUUGCUACAAAUCUUCUACGCUUGCAUAGAGGACGAGAAAGGUAAUGAAACGCUACAGAUGGAAUUCCCACUUACAAUUGCUACAUUACCAUUUCUGAAAGCAACAAUGCCAAAGCCUAUACUUGAUUAUGACACCUGUUGUCCACAUGCAGAAGGUGGUCGUUAUAUUUCACCUGAAUUUCAAAUUGGCCGCAUACAUGAUGGAGAAAAUUUAGGUUUGAUUAAGCAAUCAAUUGAUGAUCACACUGUUCUUUAUCGACCACUUUAUGUUUACCUUGUCCAACAACAAUCUGACUUAAGCUGUUGCGAUAUUGAUACACAAUAUCUUGGCCAUCAAGUCAUCUUUUAUUUUAACAAAAUAAGCCUAGCAGUUCAACUCAAAGACUUGAAUUUUAUCCACAAAAAUCAAUGA